AUGAAAGACGAAACGAUCUUUCUCUUGUAUUUGUUGUUGCUGUAUAACAAAAUUAGUUACACUGAGCCAGUUUCCUACACGAUUUCAAGAACAACAUCGCAUGGGAAUGUUGGAAUAGAGUCUGACAAAUUUACAAUCCCUGAUUCGAACUGUGGUGAAACAAAAGACUUUGAUUGCGGCUCUUACAAUGCCUUGGAUAAUGCUCAACUUGGGCGCUGCAACUGUGAUUGUCGCCACACGAAAUCUACUUUUGCGUUUACGAGCGACAAUAAAGGGACGUGUAUAGAAGAUAGCGAAGUUCGUAAAAAGUUGCAGUCCGACCAAUAUAGCCAACAGAAAGAAAAAGGUAACAUAAUAGUAUUAACUUCAGUAUAGUCAUUUUAAAAGAAAAUGCAAAUAAAUAAAUAAUAAAAUAGUAUUUUUCUUAGUUUUUCAACAGUCCGCGUUGUAGGCAGAUAAGUCUUAAAUAUAUUUCAGCUUACAAGGUUGUCCAUCUUCCAGACUAUUUCAGAUAUUUUAUGUAAUGUAUGUAAAGUUACAUUAUUAAGGAUUUUAUUCGAUAACUAAUUUUUGCGAUCGUUCUCGAAGCCAUUUUCCUAGAGUGAUUUGUUAGGUAGGGCGAGCAAAACAACAAGUGACUCGCCUUUGAAAAAACUCUGUUUUGCGAGUCUCACGAGUUAGCAAAAAAUAUGACUUUCACUUUUUUUAUUAUUAUCAUUUUUUUUAAAAUCUGGCUUAAUUGUUUUGAUUUUUUGUUGUUUUCGUUUUUCUUAUAAAUGUGUUUUCCAAAAAAAAAUUGAUUUGAUCAACUAAUUCAUAGUAUUAUUGUAAAAUGACCAGAUUCAACUGAUUAAUUUUUAGCUUGUUCAAAAAACAUGAAAACCCUCUUUAUUAACGAAUACCAAAAUUCAAGCCUAAGAGUGCUUAACUAUGGCGAUGAGAUGGGUGUUCCUAUAGACAGCAGUUGGAGCAGCUGCGGAGUAGAUACAGGCCUUUCCUGGUACUUUGAAUGCAAUGCGUCGCGUCUGUCUUCGCGAGAGUUCCGCAACACACUUAGUAACGUGUUCAAAUUCAUUGUAAAAGGACAGAGUCAUUACAUACUAAAAGUAAGUAAUCUUCGAGACAUACUACUUACUCUAAUUAUCUCACAUGCGUGAUGAAAAUUUGGAAAUUGACCAACACAUGGAAAUUCGAUUGCCUUUUAUAAAAUGCUUUUUUAAAAGGGGAGGAGACUAGAGGAGACUAAUCUAAAUCCAAAGCCUGACUGCACGUGACGGUAAAAUGAAAAAUAUUGGAUUUGCAUUGGGGGUUGUCAAAAUUCAAUGAAGUGAAUAGUUAAUUGACCAGGACCAGAUACAGUGGAACAUUGAUAUAACGAACCUCCACAAAACGAAGUCCUCGGUAUAACGAACGAUCUUGUCUACCCCAGUAAUAGUAAAAUAUAUGGAAAAGUACCUCGAUAUAACGAAACUUCGUUGUAGCGAACAUAUUUUGCAAGUCCCUUGGCACUUCUUUAUAUCGAGGUUCCGCUGUAGUCCACCACCACAAAAUUAAGAAACAAAACCGGUUUAUUUAUUUACUUUUCAUUUUCACAAUAACCGUGUCAACGUCAAUAUUGGAGUCUUCAGUUUUAAGGACAUCAAGUAGCGUUCCUAUUAAUGAUCUCUUACAGGCUUUUUUGGGUCUUUUUUUUUUUAAGUAUUUGAGGUAUCCCGUUCCGAAUUUUGACCCCAAAAACAAUAGUUAAUGAAACAAUUGGGGCGAGUGGCGGGAAAUGUAGUAUAUUUUGUAGCAUUCGAAAAUACAUAAUGAUCGCCUCAGAAACAUACCCAUGAAAAUUUGCCUAUGAAUUUAAAGUUGCUUCCAUUUUGCACUAGGACUCGUUUUUUUUUUUAAUGUUUAUUCGAUAAUGACCUAUUUUUUCUCUACAGGUUGAAGGAACUGUGUUAAACGCCCAUAUGCUCAAUGGACGAAUCAUCAAUUUGGGAAUUUUAUGUAGCGGAAAUACAACUCAGACUCAUCACUGCCUGUUAUUUAAAUUCCAAGGCACCAUGAAAUGUAAGUGUGAUUUCAAUAAUCACUCACAAUCAAAUGUUAUCGAAUGUUUCUGGACUUUCUUUCUUUUUUCUCUCUUCUUAAAUUAUCUUUUUUGUGUUGUUAUGUUUUUACUUUUUGGUAUUUGUAUUUUCUCCGUUUAUCAUUUAUAUUACAGGCCAUUUGUAUUAUAUUACAGUUUUGAAGAUAUUAUUCUUAAGAUUUAAAUAUCGGAUAACGACAAUAAAUGGAGAAGGGCAAGAUAUAAGUGUAGGUAAUAGCAUGAUUUGUAGUGAUACUUGGAAUAAACACCACGAGUGAUGUUUCAAAAUUGUUAAACGUAAAAUUUGGGACAAUUUUGAAAUGGCACGAGUGGUAUUUACGCCAAAUAUCACGUGCAAAUCAUGCUAUUAGUUGUUUAUACUACUACCCGCAAAAGGUUUGUAAUUUUCACAUGUAGGUAUUUCAAAUUAAGCUGAAAUACCACUGCCCUAAGCCAAUCAAAUUGCAGAAAUUUCUCAUGUAGUAGUAUAAUGAAACUAAUUGCAUGCCCUUUGAUUAAUGAUUACAGUUUUAUUUAGCAUAAAAGAGUAAAAAAGGAGAAGUAUAUAAGGUAUCAAAAAUUUAAGAGAAAGGGAAAAGUAAAGUAAGCAAAAAAAUAUAGGACACACAUGUUGAAAAGGAUGUGCUCCGUGCAUUUUUGCAUGAUGAUGAUAAAGACAUUCAAGGUUUUUUCAUAGUUAUAGUUAGUUCAAAUACGAAUUAACGUUUUAAUGGAGAAAUGAUUCCCCUUUAUAACAUUCGUAAGCACUGAUUUGUUUCUUAGGUGGCUUAUCAGAUUCAUCUUCGACAAAAACUUCCACAGACGCUCUGGCAGUAACCUCUUCAUUGGUGCAUGAAACAGCAAUGCCCUCGAGAACAGUCUGGCCUUCAAUAUCGAGUACAAUUCAGCCAACCUCGACAAUAAAACUCUCCACACAGUCUCAUACCGUCAUCCUGCCAACCAUGACUUCAAAAUCAAGCGUAAAUGUUUCAGUUUAUACCGAAUGUAUUAGUGUAGAGUAAAGCAAGAUUUAGCGAUCCAGCGUUUACACUGUGAAGAGAUGCAUCUGGUUUUACCAGAAUCGCACUUAUUUGUUUUUUUUUAAUUCAAAUCAAUAUUUAUCCAGGUGCACCCAAUUUAGCAGAGCUAGUUUAAAUGGAGCCUUGAAACCCUACUUAUAGGAGACAUCGCCCUCUACAAACGUUGCUCUUGUUAUUCAAAUUUGUAACGAGUAAAAAUAAAGAAUAUUUUGUUUCAAGAACUAAUGCGCUUUUGCUUGGCACAUGAAUAUCACUAGGUGACGUCAGCGUGAGUAUGGCUAUAUUUCAAUUAAUUUUCAUAUGUGUAUGGAAGUACAUGUAUAACAGUUUAUGCUCCUGAAUGCUACGAAAUAAACUUAUAGCAGCGUCAAAAUUACAAGUCACUGUCAUCUUAGAUAAGGUUGAUCCUUAAUCAUCAAGUGACGUUUACUAUUUAUAGAAUCUUUCGCAUAAUUGCAUGUCUCGUUUCCAGGUUCCCGAGUCUCGACCCAGCCCGCGCGAGAAAGAGGGAAGAAGAGAUGGUGCCAGUGGUUCGUUUUUAAGGAUCUUAAUUUAUAUGACUGCUUCGCUGCUACUUGCUGCGAUUAUAACGAUGUUGCUUGUCACUCGAUGUCGCUUCUCGAGGUUUGUCACUUUCGUAAUCUUAUAUUGAAAAAUAUGCCCCUUGGAAUGCCCUCAAAAUAGGUUUUAGCGCUUAUGGAGCGUUUUCACAUGACGUCACCGUGGCCAUGUUGGUGUACCAAGAAAAUCCUCUGGGGGUUUAACUCUUUUCUCAAGUAAAAGCUUUCUUCUGUUGCAAUAAAUUAGCAUAAUUGCUGGCCGUGUGAGUGAAAACGCUCUUUAGUCUAGUGCCGUGUACUUUUAUCGAAACCAAAUCGUUCCGAUCAGUCACAAUUAUAUAACCUUAUAUUGAGAAAAUGCACCUUGGAAUACCCUCAGAAUAGGUUCUAGUGCUAAUAGUGUCGUGCCGUAUCCUUUCAUCCAACCCAAAUCGUUCAGACUCAAUUACAUGAACUGCUAAUAAGAGCAGCAAUGAGGUUGUCUUAUCUAGUUAGCAAUUCGCCAUUCUGUCUCUUAAUGUUCAAAAAGUCUUAUCCUGCAGCAGGAUAAUUUUAUUAUUAUUAUUAUUAUUACCAUUCAUGGUCUCAGAAAUAACUACAAGAGUAUUAAAUAUAUCACUCAUCAAAUAUAUCCCUUUUCAUUAUCUCAACAGAAAAUCUUCUACAGCAAGUAACUCCGAUGGCGAGGAAGUUAUUGUAUUACAUAUUCCAUAUGUUCUCUCUUUAAUAUUAACUUAAGCUACAAAUCGAUUUAGUUAAGUUCGCAAGUCUAGCUUUCUGCAGGGGCGUAGCCAGGAUUUUUCAAAGGGGGGGGGACAGAGGCUACUCACCGCUUCUCUCCCUCGUGUAUCAGCGGGCUCAGUCGUAUUAUCACGGCAUGAAGGCCCAUAUUAACUAAAUACAAGAGCCUCAGACGAAACUACUUUACAAAAAAAAAAGUGGGCUUUUCAACAAUGGCUUUUACGGCCAAGAUAUUGUCAUGGCGUUUUCGCCACCUGAAUAUUGUAGGUUUUUGUGCUGAAAAGAAGGCCUACCAAGGAGGGGUCACACCCCUGUUCUGUUAAAGAAUAUUGCUCACCUAACGAACCCGGGUUUUUGCGCGCAAGGUUUUUGUUUGUUUGUUGUUGCUUGUUUUAUUAUGUUUUGUUUUGUUGUCUUUUUUGUUAAGACAUUCGGAAGGAUUCCAAGUACCCAAGAGGAUUCACUUUGUGUCCCUUCAGUGGGUUUUUGUAUGAAUUAGGUGAUAUCUUUAUUUGUUUCAGUCCCAGCCUUCAGUAACGAGUACGCUUUCAAACUUAGCAAUUCAAGUAGAUGAACCAGACGUGUGUGAGCAGAAUGGUUACUUACCACUAAACUUCAGAGAUCCUGGUAAGUGUAACCAAUUUGUUUGUUAGCACUGAUUAGGACUCAAACGUUUUCAGCUGCCUUAGUUAGGCGGCAGUUAACGAGUAAUCUCGGAUAUUAUGUUUUAUCUAAUAUAUCAAACAUGAGAUGCAAUGUUUCAUCACCAGAUGAAACACCGAGAAGAGAGUUAAAAUCUCGCGCAGCUGAGUAUUUUGAUAUUGUGUUUUCAUCUGGUGAUGGUUCAUUUUGAUAUUUCUUCUCAAACAAAAUCAUUUUUGAAGGAGAAAUUAAGGAUGCAAAUACUAAGCAGUGUUUCAUCCGAUUUCCAAACACUCAUUAAACAUUAAUUUCCUUUGUAUUUUCUUAAUGAAUUAUUAAUGAGUUUGAGAAGGUUCAUUCUAUUCUACGGUGCAACUACUUGUAGACUAAUAUAAACUUCGAAAAACACGACCCUUUAGUCCGAUCAAGUGCUUUUGGCCAAAGUAGUAUAAGCUUUGGAGAUUGCCACCAUCUACUUGACACCAUUACGCUCAAUUAACGCGGACAUACAGAGCCGAAGACUAUCGCUUAUCAAUUGCGUUCGACGUUAGGAGUUAGUGAGUGUGGUACUCAAGGGUGACCUUUCGUGGCACUAAUUUCGUCGUGCGUCUGCAUUUUCUGCGCCAUCUUGAAUAAUUUAUCUCGUGGGCACAAAAAUGUUAAAUAGCAAUGGUUGCGUGGCGCAAUGGAUAAUCCGUUGCCCUUACAAGUCGAAGGUCUCGGGUUCGACUUCUGCCAGGUGAAACAUUUUUGUUUUUUCGUAGUUGUUUUGUUUUGUUUUGCUUAUUUUUUAGAAAAACAUAUAGGAGGCGUUUUGCAGCAUCAAUUUAUUAGGAAAUAACGUCACAUUUGACAGUAAACCUUAAAUAAGCUCGAUAAACGCACUUCCUAAUCUGAGAUUACUACUAGUUAUAGUGAUAAAGUAACUGACAAACCGUGGAGAUAUACUAUCCUUCUUUGCACAAAGUUUUUCGUUUUGGAAUCACUGAAGACCUAACACAACACAAUUUUGUGCUCACAGUUUUCUCCUUCUUUCUUUUUCCAAGCAGUUUCUCCUGCCUCUUAAAUUCAGGGAAAAAUUUUAUAAUUCGUUCUUUAAUUUUCAUUGUCACUUCCUUCGCAGUUAUUUACUCGUCAACUUACCAAGUCCCGCCAGGAAAUAGACGGACACCGUCAUUCAAUGAAAUGACCAACCCCAUUAAACUGGACCUUACCGCAGAUCAUGUGUAUGAACAUAUUGACAACCUCGGGGGAUGUCAUAAUAACAAGCCGGAACCCGUUUACGUUGAUCCCGUACAAAAAACAAAAGAGAUAGCCUCUAAGUUACAAGAGCAUGGACCUAUUAGUCAUGAACAGCGCGUGUAUAAUCUUAUAGAAGAAUUGUCCACAGCCAUUUUUACAAAGGCUGCGAAAGAAAAAUCUAACGUUCAUCAAAUCAGUUACUUAUCCAGUGAUACCUGCGAUGGCGCGGGGAAUGGUGUC